AUGUUAUGGGUUGCGAAAUCACGCGCGUGUUGUGAAGCGAAGUGCAUAUCCAAGAGAGGGCCUCUUCUGCAAAAAGUCUUUUGUCACAUGUUGUCAUAAAUUUGUCGGGACUACUUAGUAAUCGGGGUCAACCACUAUGCCUACUGUGUAAUCUACAUUUUACUGACGAGGGAACCGCGUGAUCUUAUCUUCUCAAAACAUUUUUUUUUUCGAUAUCUAUAUUUCGAUAUUUAUGUACUAGAGGCAAAGACACAGUUUCUUGAAUGCUACACCUUCUAACUUUUGAAACAAAGGGAAACGGAUUCGAUGUCAUUUUGGACGGUUUGGGAUUUUAGCCCGGGUUACAAAGACUAGUUUUUCAGGUUUGACAGAAAAGCAGCCAUUGGCAUAGACGAAGAUGGAUCUUUAGUGUGAAUGAAAAGGGCAGCCCUCGGUGAAAACAUAGUUGGAAAGUACGGCAGCUCUCGCCUCUAAAGGUUAAGAACGCACUUUUCGCUUAAUCUUCAACGAAACCAGCGCAAGCUGUUUUUUCUUCUUUUUUUUCUGUCAAAGAUGCUGAGAUAUAAUGAUAAGCACUUCUAGAAAUACCAAAUGAUUGAUAUCUACUUGGUGAAAGCACAAGAGCGACAUUGACUUUAAGAAAUGAAGCUACUUAUGGUGAUCUCCCUGCUGUAUGCCAUCAACCCCAGCACUAUGGUAACAGCAUCAGACAUGAGUUUGCAGUCCUUCUGUCCGACUUCUAUCCACUCCAUGGGCUCGAAAAUCACCAAGGAAAACUUUGUGCUUAACGGGCACGUGAGCAAAACCUUUGAGGCUCAAAGCCUGGUCAGUUGUAGCCAGCGGUGUCUUCAAAAAGACUGGUGUAUUUCUGUAAACUUUGGCGUGUCUCUUGCCGAGCGAGGAGACUGCCAAUUGAACGCUAAGGGGGUGGAGAACGAGAUAUCGGAUGACCUAGCUACGAGAGAAGGCUGGCUGUACGUGCAGCUGAGGUCUCCUCAGUUCACAACCCUCGUAAAUGCUUGUGCAUCUAAUAAAUGCGUCCAUGGAGGCACUUGUGAGUUUGAUUGCUCGACAUUAACAUCCCGAUGCCGAUGCGUCGCAGGUUAUACUGGAGAGCACUGUGAAGUUAACGUUGAUGACUGCGCAAGCAGCCCAUGCACCAACAACGGAACGUGUGUUGAUGGAAUCAACUCUUUCGCAUGCACAUGUCCGUUGGGAUUUACUGGAACAAGAUGUGAAACAGAAAUUAAAGAAUGCACCAGCGCUCCAUGUCAAAACGGCGGAAGCUGCGUUGAUAGAAGAGAUGGAUACACGUGCACUUGCGAAGCAGGAUACAACGGAAUAAACUGCGAAAUAGAAAUAAACGAAUGUGACAGCGGUCCAUGUAAUAACGGAGGAACAUGCACCGAUAGAGUAAAUGGCUAUGAAUGUGUGUGCAAUGCAGGGUACACCGGGACACGAUGCGAAAUAGAUAUUGACGAAUGCACAAGCAGCCCAUGCGUGAACGGUGGAACCUGCACAGAUGCAGUCAAUAACUAUACGUGCGCCUGUCUUCCAGGAUUUACUGGUCAAAGAUGCGAAAUAGAUAUCGAUGAAUGCGCAAGUAAUCCUUGUAUAAAUGGCGGUACUUGUACUGACAUGGUGAAUGGAUACAACUGCACCUGCCCGCCUGGGUACAACGGAACAACGUGCGAAAUCGACAUCAAUGAAUGCGCUAGCAAUCCUUGUUUGAACGGUGGUACUUGUAAUGACUUGGUGAACGGAUAUAACUGCAACUGCCCGCCUGGAUACAAUGGUACAACAUGCGAAAUUGAUAUCAAUGAAUGCGCCAGCAAUCCAUGUGUAAAUGGGGGCACCUGUGCGGACUUGGUGAACGGAUUUAACUGCACGUGCCCGCCUGGGUACAAAGGAACAAAAUGCGAAAUCGAUAUCAACGAGUGUGAAAGCAAUCCGUGUGCCAAUGGCGGGACUUGUGCAGACCAAGUCAACUCGUUCUCGUGUACCUGCGUAUCGGGAUAUAUAGGCCUCAAGUGCGAGACAGAUAUUAAUGAAUGCGCCAGCAAUCCAUGUGUCAAUGGGGGCACCUGUACGGACUUAGUGAACGGAUUUCACUGCACGUGCCCGCCUGGGUACAACGGAACAAAAUGCGAAAUUGAUAUCAACGAGUGUGAUAGCAACCCGUGUGCCAAUGGCGGGACUUGUGCAGACCAAGUCAACUCGUUCUCGUGUACCUGCGUAUCGGGAUAUACAGGCCUCCAGUGCAAGACAGACAUCAAUGAAUGCGCUAGCAAUCCUUGUUUGAAUGGUGGUACUUGUAAUGACUUGGUGAAUGGAUAUAACUGCAAAUGCCAGCCUGGAUACAAUGGUACAACAUGCGAAAUUGAUAUCAAUGAAUGCGCCAGCAAUCAGUGUGUAAAUGGGGGGACAUGUACGGACUUGGUGAACGGAUUUAACUGCACGUGCCCGCCUGGGUACAACGGAACAAAAUGCGAAAUCAAUAUCAACGAGUGUGAAAACAACCCCUGUGUCAAUGGCGGGACUUGUGCAGACCAAGUCAACUCGUUCUCGUGUACCUGCGUAUCGGGAUAUACAGGCCUCAAGUGCGAGACAGAUAUUAAUGAAUGCGCCAGCAAUCCAUGUGUCAAUGGGGGCACCUGUACGGACUUAGUGAACGGAUUUCACUGCACGUGCCCGCCUGGGUACAACGGAACAAAAUGCGAAAUUGAUAUCAACGAGUGUGAAAGCAACCCGUGUGCCAAUGGCGGGACAUGUGCAGACCAAGUCAACUCGUUCUCGUGUACCUGCGUAUUGGGAUAUACAGGCCUCAAGUGCGAGACAGACAUUGAUGAAUGUGCCAGUAAUCCUUGUAUAAAUGGCGGCACUUGUACGGAGCUAGUGAACGGAUUCAAGUGCACGUGUGUUCCUGGGUACAAUGGAACGAGAUGUGAGAUCGACAUAGACGAGUGCAGCAGCAACCCUUGCCUUAAUGGUGCAACAUGUUCGGACUUACUCAACAACUACACAUGUACCUGCGCUUCAGGAUUCCAAGGAGAACGAUGUGAACAAAAUAUUGAUGAUUGCGUUCCGGGAGUUUGUCUCAAUGGUGGUACUUGCAUCGAUGGUGUCAACAGUUACACAUGCUCAUGCGUAACAGGAUUUAUUGGACCCUCAUGUAAAACAGAGACUUCUUGUCAACUUGCGUUUUAUGGGCGGAGCACAAGUAACUUUGCGGCAGUGACGAUGCCUUUGAUUAAAUUUGAAGAGUUCACUAUCUGUGCGUGGUACUCGCUCGCUCAGGAAUGGCAAGAGAACGUCAUCAUGUCCUACGUGACAAGCAACAACAGAUCACAGAUACAGGUUGCUAUAAGAAAAGAUGGAAAACUUGAACUGAUGGUUAAUUGGAACACUGUUACUGUUCCUGUGAGCGCCAAUUUUCUCAGCAUCAUUGGCUGGCACUUCUUGUGCGUACAGUGGAAGACUGAUGGAAAGGCCACUGUCUAUGGCGAUAAGACGAGCUUUGGCGAUGAUACAUUUGAUAAGCUCAAGAACCUGGGCAUCGUCGGUGGUGGUAAAGUCGUCCUUGGCGCGUCUCAAAGAUGCCUGGAGGGAUGUUUCGAUGAUCGUUUAACAUUCCAUGGAAAUGUUUCUCAAGUAAACAUCUGGAACAGCAAGCUCAGUAGUGGUGACAUUGAGCUUGUUUUUGUGGGGAGCUGUCUAAGCUAUGGAGCAGUUGAUAGUCCUGUCCUUGGCUGGAAGACAAUACAAGCGAGCCCUUUGAAUGGUGCAGUUGGUGGAGUUUGUCCGGUCAGUUGCCCAUUUGGACCAACGGGAGCCCUCUCCUGCGAGUUUCUAUUUCCGGAUGCAAGCAUUUCUGAAUUUCCUACUGUUACCAUGGCGACUUCGCUGACCGAGUUUACCAUCUGCUCGUGGUACUCAAUAGCGGACAAGUGGUCGGACAGGACUAUUGUGUCCUACAUCACCGGCGACAACAGCAGCGAGCUGGAGGUUACCAUCAGGAAGGAUGGGAGAGUCGCACUAACAAUCAACUGGAAGACAGUCAUCGUCCCGAGUCAAGGCUACUUUCUCCCACUUUCAGGAUGGCAUCACUUCUGUCUCAACUGGGGAAGCGACGGGAAAGUCGCAGUUGUCAGCGAAAACGUUGAUUUUGGCGAUGACACGUUCGACGCUCUGAAAAGCCUCUCAAUUACAGGAGGCGGCAAGCUCAUGCUUGGCGUGGCCCAAAGAUGCUAUGGCGGCUGUUUUCAAGAAUCUUCUAAGUUUCUUGGAAACCUGACGCAGCUGAAUAUGUGGAGCGGUAGGCUCAGUACUGGCGAUUGUGAAAAAGUAUUUGUGGGAGGAUGUAAAACCUUCGGUGACGUAACUCUCCCAUCAGCUGUUGAUUGGAGGAGUAUUCAAGCUCAGCCAAUCAGCGGACCUGUCUCUACCACGUGCCCUGCCAAGUGCCAACCCAGCUCAGUUCAAGAAAUGUCACAUGAAUACGUAUUCCCUGACCGUAGCACGUCAAACUUUGCUACCAUUGGAUUGGCCACCAGUUUUAUGGAGUUCACCAUUUGUGCCUGGUAUUCGCUGGGAAGUUAUGGCAGCAAUAACGUCAUAAUGUCUUACGUUACCCAUGACAACAGCAGUCAGUUCCAGAUAGUCGUAAAGUCCAAUGGAAAGAUGGAAGUCAUGAUAAACUGGAAAAGCGCCGUUGUUCCCCCUAUCCAAACUCUGCCACUGUCCGGCUGGCAUCACUUCUGUCUGGUUUGGGGGGCAAGCGAUGGCAAGCUGGAGCUGUUCAGCGACAGAGCAAGUAUUGGAUCACAGACCUUUGCCAGCCUGGAGAGUGUCACCAUCCAUGGCGGAGGACGGCUUGUGAUUGGUCAAGCUCAGCGCUGUAUGGGCGGGUGCUUUAAUGGUGCACUGACAUACCACGGCAACCUGACACAGGUCAACUUAUGGAACUUCAAAUUUGGAAGUUCGAAGAAUGCGCAGCUGUACGAUGCGACCUGUAAGAGCUUCGGGGAUGUUCGUGACCCUAUCGCCUUAUACUGGGGGAGCAUACUUGCCGAGCCAAUCAGCGGGAGCGCGUACAAGAACUCACCGGCCUCCUGCUGAACUUUGUUUCUUACUUGACUAUUAUACAUUUUCAAAUGAAAUUCAUAGUGUCCUUUUAAUAUCAGUAGAAAAGGUGAUUGGAUAGUAAUGUUACUUUGAUACUUGAGACUACUCCCUUAUAAAAAAAAGGGAAUUUAGGAGUUACGAGAGCGGAGAUACAACAUGGCCGAGUAGGCAGCCGACAUACUCAUGUCUGAUGGCUUAUGUCUGAUGGCUCAUGUCUGAUGGCUCCUUAAGAGUUCAGGCUCGCGAGAUUCUACCGCAUUACCACUAUCCAUAAGACCCGUCAGAGUUCGAGUUAGCGGGGUUCUAUUGUAUCACCACUAUCCAUAAGACCCGUCAGAGUUCGAGUGAGCGGGGUUCUAUUGUAUCACCACUAUCCAUAAGACACGUCAGAGUUCGAGUUAGCGGGGUUCUAUUGUAUCACCACUAUCCAUAAGACCCGUCAGAGUUCGAGUUAGCGGGGUUCUACUGUAAUACCACUAUCCAUAAGACCCGUGAGAAUUCGAGUUAGCGGGGUUCUACUGUAUUACCACUGUCCAUUAGACCCGUCAGAGUUCGAGUUAGCGGGGUUCUACUUUUUAUUAACUAUCUUUAUUUACUUACUUAUUUAUUCACUAUACUUUCAUUAACAUAUUUUGUAACAGAACUUUUAAUCAACAGUAAAAUUAUACAUCUAAUAACAAGGUAAUGUUUCAAUAUAUGUCAAUAAAAAAAGGACAACUUUAAUUUUUUAAUGUUGUAACCAAAAGCUAAUGAGGCUUGUAUUCUGCCAAAAUGAAUAAACCUUCUCCUUAAUAAGAUAA